GUUUAUAUUUGGCUCACCUUUUUCUCCGGGAGAGAGGGAAUUAGGAGAGAAGAGAAGGGAGGACAGGGUCUUGUCGUCGCCGAUGAAGAAUGAAGAUAGUGACUUACAACGUCAAUGGCCUCCGGCAACGCAUCUCACAAUUCGGUUCCCUCCUCAAGUUACUCAUCUCUUUCGAUGCCGAUAUCAUCUGCUUUCAGGAAACAAAAAUAAGAAGGCAAGAAUUAACGGCAGAUUUGGUGAUGGCAGAGGGUUAUGAGUCAUUCUUCUCGUGCACUCGCACCUCCGACAGAGGACGAACUGGGUACUCCGGCGUUGCCACGUUCUGCCGAGUGAAGUCGGCAUUUUCCAGCAACGAAACUGCGUUGCCAAUUGCAGCCGAGGAAGGUUUCACGGGACUUCUAGCAGGUUCUAGAGCUGAAGGGCUUGAGGAGUUUUCAAGGGAGGAGCUUCAAAAGAUUGAUGGUGAGGGGAGAUGCAUUAUCACGGAUCAUGGUCAUUUUGUUCUUUUUAAUGUGUAUGGACCUCGAGCUGGAUCUGAUGACGAGGAUAGGAUCCAGUUUAAGCUCGAUUUUUUCAAGAUAUUACAGAAAAGAUGGGAGUCUUUAUUGCAUCGUGGAAGGAGGAUUUUUGUUGUUGGUGACCUUAACAUUGCUCCUUCUGCAAUAGAUCGUUGUGAUGCAGGGCCAGAUUUUGAGAAGAAUGAGUUCAGAAGAUGGUUUAGAUCUAUCCUAGUGGAAUCUGGAGGACAUUUCUUUGAUGUGUUCAGAGCAAUACAUCCUCAGAGAAGAGAAGCAUACACAUGUUGGCCAUCAAAUACUGGGGCUGAACAAUUUAAUUAUGGGACUAGAAUUGAUCAUAUUCUUUAUGCUGGAUCAUGCUUACAUCAAGAGGAUGACCUAAAAGGACACAAUUUUAUAUCUUGUCAUGUGAAGGAGUGUGACAUAUUGACAGAGUACAAACGGUGGAAACCUGGAGAUGCACCCAGGUGGAAAGGAGGAUGGAAUGUUAAGCUGGAAGGUUCAGACCAUGUUCCUGUUUAUACAAGUUUGGUGGAAAUUGCUAAUGUUGAAGAACAUAGCAGUCCAUCUUUAGCUGCUAGGUAUUUGCCAAUGAUUCAUGGUCAGCAGCAAACUCUUGUGUCAGUGUUAAUGAAACGGCAAGUUUGCGAACCAGUCGAAUCCUUUGAAGCAUCAAGUUCAUUCUUGGAUGGGAGUAGCUUGGCAGACAGUUGCAGGGAUAGUGGAAAAAGAUCACUUGACAACUCUAAUUUAUCUGAGACCAAUGAAUCUUGUUCUCCUUCGGACCAAGACUCUGGUGGUGGUACUUUUAAACAGGAUGAGCAUUCCAGAGAUUACACUGUUGAGGCUGUGAGUCCUGUGACUAACUCCUCAGUUACGUUGGGAGGUGAGAAUAUUUCUUCAGCACCCAGCAGAGAAACCAAGAAAAAGGCAAGAAAAAGUCAGCAACUGUCCCUGAGAUCAUUUUUCCAGAAAAGCUCAAAUCUCAGCCACAGCAUUCAAAGUUCUGCUUAUGAUGAAUCCAUGGCAGAUGAUCAUAGCAGCCGUCCAGAACAGAAUGAGUUGAACUCAAGUCCAGUCUCACAGGAUCAAGAUGUACAAGACAACACUUGUUUGCAGAAAAGGAAAAAUGAUGCUGCCAUACUCGAGUGGCAAAGGAUACAAAGACUGAUGCAGAAUAGUAUACCUCUCUGUAAGGGUCACAAGGAACCUUGUGUUGCUCGUGUAGUGAAGAAACCAGGUCCCACAUUUGGUCACAGAUUUUAUGUCUGUGCUCGAGCUGAGGGACCUGCUUCUAAUCCUGAGGCAAACUGCGGUUUCUUUCGAUGGGCUUCUGUGAAAUCAAGGCAGAAAUGAUAUUUGAUCAUUCAUAUUCAGAAUUUUUUUUUUAAUCGGCAUUCAUCUGGAGAUUUUGAAACCCAGGGAUGUGAAAAUUACCCAGUAGCAGCUACACUACUGCUUAUUGCCCUAGUGCUGCAUUGCCUUUCUUAACACCAUCCUUUUUGUAAAUUGUUUUGUACCCUCAGCAAUGUGACACGAUCAUUAUUAAACUGACUGCAUUCUUUGUCUGUCCGUGAGGAUCCCACCAAAGUGCUUUCUACUUUGAAUAGGCCAUGAGCUAAAUCAGAAUCAUUCU